AGACGAGAUGUUUUAGGGUUGUUUGGUAUUCAUAUUUAAUACAAUUGAAGAUUUCCUAAUAUUAUACCGGAGUUUCCAGUAUUACUGUCUGCCAAGAAAAGCUUGUGAUGUCUCAUUGCUGCUUUGCUUUUAGGGUAUUUUAAUUUUUCAACUUGCUAUUCUAGAGUGAAGAUGCAGCGGAACAGCAUAAUUAUACCAUGGAACAAGGUGAAUUAAACAACAAAUGUAAUAUUUGUGUUGAAUUUUUAGACAAAUGUGGGAUUGAGUUCCUAGUGACUCACAACACUUCACCUAAAAUAAUCUUUUGAUUUGUCACUCUUAAAAAAUAUUCCAGUAAAUGUCAGAUUUUAUUAAUCUCUGUAUGCAUGCGAAAACACACAAUUAAAAAAACAAAUAAAAACUGCUGUUGGCCACUAUGUCAGGCCAGUAUGUGGUACUUUAUGUUGCAAUGAACAUAGACCAAAGACUGGAGAGAAGGGGUGGCCAGGUGCAUAGAGGUAUGCACACACCAAGGUAUGAACAUUGACCAUAGACGGAACAGUUAAAUAAAUGAGAGUAACCCAGAAGUUGAAUCUGUGGCAAAUGACUAGUCUUCUGUUUUCAGUUUCCAUGUUUUUAGGCAUUGCCCCUAAUAAAAAAUGGAACAUUUUUUCUGAUUGAAAAAUAGUAAAACUCAGAAACUUUUUCUUGGCUUUGAUUUUUGUUUUUGUUGAAUCAGUUCUUACCUGGCAUCAGCAUGUUUAAACACCAUUUUUUAAAAUGUGCUAGGCCUAAUUGGUUAUUUAGUGUUUAAAGCUUCAGUAGCAAAACAAGCUAGCUUUUAAACACAAACACAGCCACAGUACCCUUACCCGUCGACCAUCAUCCUCAGGCCAUGUUCGCCUGAUACUGGCUGGACUACUGCAAUGGUCUCCUAGCUGGUUUUCCCAAAAAAGCUGUGAAGCAACUGCAGCUUGUUCAGAAUGCUGCUGCUAGUCUUGACAAGAACUAAGAGAACGGAGCACAUCACUCAUGUUCUUAGAUCCCUACACUGGUUACCAGUAAAACACAGAAUAGAUUUCAAAGUGCUACUACUAGUUUAUAAAUUACUCAAAGGCAUGGGGCCAAAAUACAUGUCCGAUCUCAUUCCUGUAUAUACACUCAAUAGGGCUCUGAAAUCCUUAGGAAACUAAGUAUAAUGUGUAUGCUCUCAUUUGUUUGGUGUUUUAUUUUGUAGGGGUACUUCCUGUUCUGUUUUUUUUUUUUGCAUGUUUACACGAGACUGUAUUAAAGGGAGAGGAAAUCACGUUUGUGAGAUUCCCAGGAAGUAAACUGAUGUCUCCUGAGUGUUUGUCCCUUCGAGAUAGUUACUUCGGUAUAUGCAUGCAUAUUCGGCUGAAGACACGUCUCUGCUAACAGGUUAUGGGCCCAGCGAAUAUCCGAAGUGACUUAAGAGGACGCCGCCGCCACCAGGAUAGUCGCAAAGUACAGCGUGUUUGGUGUGGUGAGGACUAGCAUGCUAAGAUAGUAUAAUGAGCAAGCGUGCAAUGGAGACGAACAGCCGAUGGGCGAGACUGGUUUUCGAUGGUGACGAGAACAAUCAUGAGCUAUGGGAGACGAAAUUCUUAGGACAUCUCCGAUUACAAGGUCUUAAGGACACGAUAUUGAACGUUACCAAGGGAGAUGAUGAAGAUGAAGACAAGAACGCCCAGGCCUAUGCUGAAUUAAUACAGUUCCUGGAUGAUAAGAUUCUAUCGCUCGUGAUGCGAGAUGCUGCUGACGAUCGACGUGAAGCAUUGAGGAUACUGAGAAACUACUAUGCGGGAAAAGUUACACCCAGAAUUAUCAGCCUUUAUACUGAACUGACUUCUCUGAAGAAAGCAAGCAGUGAGAGUGUGACAGAAUACGUCAUACGGGCUGAGACUCUUAUUACAGCCCUGAGAAAUGCCAGAGAAGCACUUAGUGAUGGUCUGCUGGUAGCAAUGGCGUUAAAGGGUUUACCAGACAGUUUUAAACCUUUUUCUGUUCACAUCACACAGCGUGAAUCAGAAAUAAAGUUUGCUGAUUUUAAAACUAAACUUCGCAGCUAUGAGGACACUGGGAAAAUGCUCUUAAUGGAGCAAGAAGAUAACAUCAUGAAGGCAAGAUCGCAACCCAGAGCCAGGCUUGCAGCAGCUGGAAACUGUGAGUGAGUACAAAAACUGUCAUAACUGUUUCGAUCUGCAAACAUGGCACGAAAUUGUGGGACAUUGUAACCAUAGAAAAUUGCAUACCUUAAUGCACCGAUAGAUUCUGAGGUUUACGUUGAGCAGCCAGAAGGUUAUAAAGUAACAGGAAAAACCAAUGAAAAACUGGUCUACAUGCUGGAAAAAUCACUUUAUGGGCUUAAGCAAUCAGGCAGAAACUGGAAUGGAACGUUAUAUGACUAUCUAAUAGAGAACGGUUUUGUUCAGAGUUAUGCAGAUUGUUGUGUUUACACCAGAUCAACAAAAGACAAAGUGAUCCUUAUUGUUUGGGUUGAUGAUAUUAUCAUUGCAGCCAGUAAUGAGAUUGUUUUGAAAACGGUGAAGCAACUGCUAACUGCUAGAUUCAAAAUGAAAGAUAUGGGUAAAUUCAAACAUUUUCUUGGCAUAGAGUUUGAGCAAACUGAACAUUGUAUUAAAAUGUCACAAGAGCAAUAUGUAGAAAAUAUUCUGAAAAGGUUUCAAAUGCAGGAUUGUAAACCAAGAUCAACUCCUUGUGAGUCAAAGCUGAACUAUAAUAAUGAUGGGGAGAAAAUGGAAGACAUCAGGAUGUACAGAGAGGCAGUAGGUAGCCUUAUUUACUUGACUUCUUGCACACGACCGGAUUUGAGCUUUGUCAUAAGCAAACUAUUGCAAUACUUCAAAGAACCAACCAUGGAACAUUGGACUACUGUUAAGCAUGUUCUGAGAUACCUAAAACAAACGAAGGACAAAACCCUGAGUUACAGAAGAAUUGACAAAGAUCUGAGAAUUCAAGCUCACGGUGACUCCGAUUGGGCAGCAGAUGAGACUGAUGGGAGGAGUAUCACAGGCUACUGUAUAAGUCUAAGUGAAAAUGGUACACUAGUGUCAUGGAAGACAAAGAAGCAGCCAACCGUUGCUUUGUCAACUUGUGAAGCGAAGUACAUUGCUUUGGCAAUAACAGCACAAGAAUGCUUGUACCUGAAACAACUGUUGCAAAGUAUGUAUGAACAUCAAAAGGUACCACCAAAGAUUUUUGAGGACAAUCAAGGAACAAUAACAUUGGCAAAGAACCCUGUAAGCAGGCAGAGGUGUAAACAUAUAGAUAUUAAAAAUCAUUUCAUAAGAUCAACAGUCAAAGCUGGUAAUUUGAUUUUGGAAUAUUGUUCGACACGUCUGAUGGUUGCAGAUGUCAUGAUAAAGCCAGCAACAAAGGCAAAGCUAUGCAAGUUCGAAGAAUAUAUGUUUGGAGUGUAAAUAUGUAAUGGAAACAAACUUUCAAUUUUCUUUUCUUUAUGAAACAGUGAGGUUGACAAAGUGAACGCAAGUGGGGGUGUUAAGUAUGUGUAUGCUCUCAUUUGUUGGUGUUUUAUUUUGUAGGGGUACUUCCUGUUCUGUGUUUUUAUUUUUAUUUUAUUUUAUUUUAUUUUUUGCGUGUUUACGCAAGACUAUUAAAGGGAGAGGAAAUCACGUUUGUGAGAUUCCCAGGAAGUAAACUGAUGUCUCCUGAGUGUUUGUACCUCCGAGAUAGUUGCUUCGGUAUAUGCAUGCAGAUUCGGCUGAAGACACGCCUCUGCUAACAGAAACAUUCAGCUAGUAGAACCACGGCUCAGAACCAAAUAAGGAUGAAGAUGCUUUUAGCUAUUAUGCUGCUCACAUAUGGAAUCAGCUUCCUCCUGACCCCAGACCGGCCCAAACCCUAGUGUUGUUUAAAACCAAACUAAAAACCCCAAUGUACUCAUCAGCCGUUGAAUGAACUCUUUCUCAUGCUGCAUCGUCUCCACUGUAAUCUGUGAUGUCAUUGCUCAACCUUAAUUCUGUCUUUUCCUUUUUUCUCUGAAUUAUAAUUUUAUUUCUGUGUAUUUUUAAUUAGUGUUUUCCUGUUUAUGGUCGUGCCAUUUCAUGUUAAUUGUAAAGCACAUUGAGUUACCCCUGUGUUUGAAAUGUGCUAUAUAAAUAAAGCUGCCAUGCCUUGCCUAUAUAUAUAUAAAUUUAUAUUUAAAUAACAUGUUACAUAACAAAUAAAAACUACUUUAUUAGUUAAAAUGAUUUAAUAGUAUGAUUAAAAUGGCCCAAAUUGCUUUGAUGUGCCAAAUUAAUUCUAACUGUGUAAAUAAAGUGAUAUCAAGGGAGAUUUGGUGGGUGAUCCAACUGUUCUGUUAUAGGACAGCCCAGACCUCCUGCUCUCCUCUUUCUCACAGACAUUCUUUCAUGUUUGUGCAUUACCAGCUUUUUCUAGAACAGCGGCUUUUUUGCCCUUAUAGUUUCUUUACUUCUCCGUUGUGUUUUCUCUCCAUCUAGUUUGUGAUAAUAACGGCACACACCGGUGCACUCAGGAAAAGGGAGCGGGUGUCUCAUGAUAUUACCAUCCUUGUGUUACUGAAGGAAAUUCAGAUGAGCCACAGAGCUGCGUGUGACGGUAGUUCAAACUCCCGCUGACUUUAUUUGCAGAAGGCAGGAAGGGCCACAGUGCCUGAUGGCUGCAGACCCAGAGACUGCAGAUUCACACCUGCACGGUCUCUAGUAGAAACGCGAACCUGCAGCAGCUGCAGGCGUAAAUUGGCCCAGUUCUGCAGCUGUACCUUGCUCCUCACACUCGGCUAAGAAAGGUUUUUGAUUGGUCAGUCUGUCAGCAUAACUCCUCGUGCGCAUGCACAGAUCAUUCUAUUUCCUUGCUCCCGGAAGAAUGGUCCAGAGUACAAAUGUUUUCUUUGUGUUGCGAAUCUGAAGGAAAUAUCUACAAGAAAGUAGCAAAAGAAAUGUCGCUAGGUGCUUUUUGGACAAAAGUCAUUAGGAACAGCGACAAAGUCGCUGAGUUAGCAACACUGUUUGGCAGAGUGAACGAGAGUUGCUGUUUUCUAGAUCCAAACAUCUUUUGUUGUCCGUGAAUUCAUAUGGCAGCGCUGUAAAGAAGAUAUUAUGGUUUCACUUUCUAUUUAAAUUCAGCUCAAUUUAUUCAUAUUGUGUCAAAUCACAACAAGAGUCGUCUCAAGGCACUUCACCAAGUAAACAUUACAAUUAUCGGGAAGCAUCGGGGAUCAGAGCACCACGACUUUGGGCCUUGCGGGAAGAGUGGCGCAGUGGAGGGAAUUGUGCCAUAAAGGAAGCAACCAAUUGGGGCAUUUGCCAGCUAAAGACUUAGUACUGAGCUCAUCUGGGACUUUGAGCAGCGGGCGGUGAGAGAAGGAGGCCAUGUGGACCGCACGCCUGCUUGUCCUCGCCAGCCUCUUUGCACCAGCCGCGCUGGCUUUCAGCAGAGCACCCAUCCCCAUGGCAGUGGUGAGGAGGGAGCUGUCCUGUGAGAGCUAUCCCAUCGAGCUUCGAUGCCCGGGCACAGACGUCAUCAUGAUUGAGAGCGCCAACUACGGCCGCACAGAUGACAAGAUCUGCGACGCUGACCCGGCCCAGAUGGAAAACACGCGGUGUUAUCUACCAGAUGCGUACAAGAUCAUGUCUCAAAGAUGUAACAACAGGACCCAGUGUGCCGUUGUGGCCGGACCAGACGUGUUUCCUGACCCGUGCCCAGGAACCUACAAAUACCUAGAGGUCCAGUACGAAUGUGUGCCCUACAAAGUGGAACAAAAAGUAUUCCUGUGCCCAGGGCUUCUGCGCAGGGUGUACCAGAGCGAACACCUCUUCGAAUCAGACCACCAGUCCGGCGCUUGGUGCAAAGACCCACUACAGGCUUCGGACAAGAUCUACUAUAUGCCUUGGACACCCUACCGCACAGACACCUUGACAGAAUACUCAUCCAAGGAAGACUUUGUUGCUGGUAGGCCAACAACAACCUACAAGCUACCACAUCGUGUCGACGGAACAGGCUUUGUGGUCUACGAUGGAGCGCUGUUCUUCAACAAAGAGCGCACACGCAACAUAGUCAAGUUUGACCUACGAACUCGUAUCAAGAGUGGUGAGGCUAUCAUAGCUAAUGCCAACUACCAUGACACGUCUCCGUAUCGCUGGGGAGGGAAGUCUGACAUUGACUUGGCUGUGGAUGAAAAUGGACUUUGGGUGAUUUAUGCCACUGAACAAAACAAUGGACGGAUUGUCAUCAGCCAACUGAACCCCUACACACUUCGUGUAGAGGGGACUUGGGACACUGCUUACGACAAGCGUUCGGCUUCCAAUGCCUUCAUGAUCUGUGGGAUUCUCUAUGUAGUAAAAUCAGUCUAUGAGGAUGAUGACAAUGAAGCAACGGGAAACAAGAUCGACUACAUCUACAAUACAGAACUAAGUAAAGAUGGCUUUCUUGACAUCCCUUUCCCCAACUCUUAUCAGUAUAUUGCUGCUGUGGAUUAUAAUCCCAGGGACAACCUGCUUUAUGUCUGGAACAACUACCAUGUUGUGAAGUACUCCCUGGAUUUUGGAGCGUUAGACAACAGACUUGAAACAUCCUCAUCUAUAAUGGUAUACAUGGAUGCUACAACCUCCACAACAAGGACCACUACUCGUCCAUCAACUGUUACCCUAACAUCGACAACAACCAGGAUAACCACUACCAGGAUGCCUGCCACAACAGCUGCAAUGGCCCAGUGGCCACGUGCCACAUCAACCAUGGUGUCCCCGGUUCAGACGCUCGUGGAGGCUUUGUUGCCAGAUGACAGCGAUGAAGCAUCACCUUCCUCCAAGCUCCCCAACAUCAAGGUGGAAUACUGCAAUCCUCUGGUGGUGAUGGACAUCUCCUGGCCCAAGACCAAGCAGGGCACAGUGGCCAAAAUGCCAUGUCCACCUGGAACCAUAGGUGUGGCUUCAUAUAUGUGUCUGGGACCAGAAGGGUUCUGGGACCUAAUGGGACCCGACUUCAGCAACUGUACUUCCCCUUGGGUCAACAUCAUCAGCCAGAAGCUAAAAGCUGGAGAGACGGCGGCAGUCAUUGCCCGUGAGCUGGCAGAGCAAACCAAAAGUAACCUCCAGGCAGGUGACAUCACGUAUACAGUGAAGGCCAUGAUUCAGCUGGUGGAUCUGCUGGAUGUGCAGCUGAGGAAUCUCACGCCAGGUGGCAAAGACAGUGCAGCUCGGAGCCUCAAUAAGCUGCAGAAGAGAGAACGUUCGUGCCGAUUUUACGUUCAGGCCAUGGUGGAGACGGUGAACAAUUUGCUGCAGCCACAGGCCCAGGCGGCUUGGAGGGAGCUGAGCACAGGCGAGCAGCUGAGGGCCGCCACCAUGCUGCUGGACACAGUGGAGCAGGGCGCUUUCGUUUUGGCUGACAACCUGCUAAAGACCGACAUCGUGCAAGAGAACACAGACAACAUCCAGCUGGAGGUAGCCAGGAUGAGCACAGAUGGGAAUUUGCCUGAUCUGAAGUUCCCACAAGGUGGAGGACAAGGCAACUCCAUCCAUCUCUCGGCUAAUACGCUAAAGCAGCAUGGAAGGAAUGGUGAAAUUCGAAUUGCAUUUGUCCUGUAUAAACACAUCGGUGUUUACCUUUCAACGGAGAACGCCAGCAUGAAGUUGGGAAGCGAAGCCCUGGCUACCAAUUACUCCGUCAUUGUCAACUCACCAGUUAUCACCGCCGCCAUCAACAAGGAUGCCAACAAAGUUUAUCUCUCUGAUCCUGUCGUUUUUACCAUCAAGCAUCUGCAGCAAUCAGAGGAAAACUUCAACCCCAACUGUUCAUUCUGGAGCUACUCCAAGAAAACCAUGACUGGUUACUGGUCCACGCAGGACUGCCGCUUGCUGAGCACCAACAGGACACACACCACGUGCUCCUGCACUCAUCUCACCAACUUUGCAGUGCUAAUGGCACAUGUUGACGUCAAAAAUUCAGACCCAGUUCACGACAUUAUGCGAUUGCUACACUCCUCUGACCCAUUGUGUUUCUUCAAAUUCUUUCAACAAAAAACAAAACUUAAAUAUCAGCUGGUAAAUGAGCCAUGUUUUUGCCAUUUCAGAUCAUGGGUGAUUGGAGCCAUCGCUUUGCUUUGCCUCCUCGGCUUGACCUGGGCCUUUGGGUUGAUGUACGUCAACGAGAGCACGGUGGUGAUGGCCUACCUCUUUACCAUCUUCAACUCCCUGCAGGGCAUGUUCAUCUUCAUCUUCCACUGUGUGCUGCAAAAGAAGGUGCGAAAGGAGUAUGGGAAGUGUUUUCGCACGCACUGCUGCAGUGGGAAGAGUGUGGACAGCUCCAUUGGCUCGGUGAAGGGCACCGCUUCCCGAGCCCCGGGACGCUAUUCUUCAGGGUCACAGAGCCGAAUCCGUCGGAUGUGGAACGACACAGUCAGAAAACAGUCAGAGUCCUCUUUCAUGACUGGCGACAUCAACAGCUCUGCGUCACUCAACAGAGGGGCCAUGGCUAACCAUCUUAUUCCUAAUGCACUGCUCCGUCCUCAUGGCACUAACAAUCCCUAUAACACAUUGCUUGGAGAGUCUGCAGUUUAUAACAACCCUCUGGGCAUGUACAACACUCAAGAGCCCUACAGAGAGACAAAGGGAAUCCUGAACAAUGCCCGGGAUACAAGUGUCAUGGAUACUCUACCACUGAAUGGUAACCAUGGUAACAGUUACAGCAUUGCCAGCGCUGAGUACAUGAGUGACUGUGUCCAGAUAAUCGAUCGGGGCUACAACCACAAGGAGACCACCCUGGAAAAGAAGAUCCUGAAAGAGCUCACCUCCAAUUACAUCCCCUCUUACCUCAACAACUCCAACGAGCAGAACCGGAACCUCAUGAACAAGCUAGUUAAUAAUGUCAGCAACGGCGGCAAGGACAACGGUUACGGGAUGGGCUUGGGAGUGGGGAUAGGGAUGAAUAUUGCUCUGAACCUAGAUGAUCACUCUACCUUUAGUCCACACCACGAUGAAGGCCUGGGUUUGGAGCUCAUACGUGAAGAGUCCAAUGCCCCUCUGCUGCCACAGAGGCCACUGCCAACCCUGCAGGCAGUGGACAACCUUCACAAUCACCUCCACCAGUCCAUACCGCCCCCACUUCCAUUGUCCCACCACCCCUUCUCUGCUGGUUCUACUUUCUCUUCGUCCCGACGGAGGAUCCCGCAGGAGAACAGCGAGAGUUUCUUCCCCUUACUCAACAACGAGCACACCGAGGAUGAGGGCUCAUCGCCGAGCCACAGCCACCAGAGGGACUCCCUCUACAACAGUAUGCCCAUGUUGCCUGGCCUGCCCGAUGUCUCCACAGGGUCUGCCAACAGCUCCAAGGAGGGCGGGGAUGCCAAGAGCCCCGAGGCUAGCUCAGACGACGUUUACUACAAGAGUAUGCCCAACUUGGGUUCUCGUAAUCACCUCCAUCAGCUGCACUCCUACUACCAGCUGGGACGGGGCAGUAGUGAUGGCUUCAUCGCUCCACCCAACAGAGAGGAUCUAACUUCAGAAGAGGCCCACCAGGAUCCCUCACACCUGGUCACCAGCCUAUAGAUCCUGACACUAUCCAACACGCCUGAGAUCCCUCUGUUCCUCUCAGUCUAUUGCUCCAUCCUUCGUCGACAGUGGUAACUUUGUUUUUAACGCGUCCUGAAGACUUCAGACAAACAGCUGUACUCUCACUGUCCCUGUCCAUAAACCAGUCCAUAAUCCCACUGAAAUGGGGGCUAAUGUGACUAUAAUUGGUUAGACAUUCCAAUAUGUUAAUGUGGUGUCCCUCCGCCCAAGCCUUUUCCCUCUUUAAAAACCCUUUGUGGUUUGUUUUGUCUCAUUGUGAAGAGAGACAAGUUUGGGACUUUUUAGGGUCUCACAGUGAAAAAGUGACUGGAUGCUCCCCAAGUCUGAACUAUAGACUGAACCAGAACGAACGGUGAAAUUAAAACAAAAAAGGACUAUUUUAUUAUACUUCUGUAUCUAUACGGACUUUUUGAAAUAUUUUCUUCCUCUUUGGUGAGUUGCAGCACAUUUUGUUUGCUGAAGUGUACCUUCAAUAAAAAACGUAAAAACAACAAAGAAAAAAAGUCAGACACACUCACAUUUUGGGCAAAUAUCAUGAAGGAUCGUAUGCUUUCAAGCAGGGUUUUUUUUCUUUUUUAAUUUACUGUAAUAACAUUUGUUAAGAGGGAGAAAAAAUAAACUAAUGAGAGAAUUAUUACAUUUCUAUGUAACUGUACAGAUAACUAGCACUGCACAUAACGGUUGGCUUUUGUUUGUUGUCCAUUUUAUCUUUGUUCCCAUCAAACCUUUUGUCUGUUGCCGUAGUGAUUAGGAACAUAUUGGUUCUGUUUAACUGGCCUCUGGAUUUCUACUACUGGUCUUUGGUUGUAUCACCACCUCACCAAAUAGAAAAAAAAAAAAGAACUCCAUAGAAGCAAAAAUAAUUCUACAAAAUCACACUGAUCUGUGAUGAUAUCCCGUUUUGUUUCCUGGUCAGUUUUCUACUCCCGUUUGGUUCCUUAAUUCUUUCUUUGUUUUCUGUGUAGAUAGCCGAAUCACAGAGAUUGAAUCAGUGUCCCUCAGAAAAGGUUUGAUUGUGCGUUUGUAUUGACGUUCAGAGAAAAUUUCUCAGAAACAGGAAACAUUGGACCUUGAUGUGCACCAGGCACUUGUACAAAAUAAAUUAACAAAAGAUAUAAAAGUGUGUUGUUUUACUUAUUAAAGAAAGAGCCUUUUUGGAGUGAGAAAAAACUGGUUUUAUUUCCUUUCCUGGGAGAAAAUAUAUUUAUUUAUUUGUUAAAUAAAAAGUAAUAGGACAAUGGAUGGUAGAAAAUAUAAUGGCAAAAAGAUUUCCUUUUUUAAUUAUUAUUAAAAUUAUUAUUAUUUGCUAUGGUCAUGGCUUCCUGUUUCUACCCUUUUGCCUCAGAUUCCGAUUUGAACGGCGGACUUUUGUUGUAACGGUGAAAAUUGUUUGCCAACAAAUAAAUUACUGAUAAGGUUCAUCACAUAGAUGUGACAAAGAUUCUGGUGUGUUGUCUGUGUUAUCUGGGAUUGUUUUUAUACAGGUAAACGUCAGGAUUUCAAAAAAAUGGUCACAAUCACAUAUUGUUUUCAGGUAAUUUCCCUCGUUAGCACUCUGUCCAGUUUAGUGCCAAGUAAAACUUUCUGGCCCAGCAGCCGUGGAUGUGCUCUGUAUGCUCUGGUCUGCUUUACAAUAGAAACAGUGAUUUCAUAAGCUGUAAUAAAUAUUUCAAUAUCA